GCAGAAGAAGAUUCAGACAUAAGUGAAUCUGAGAUGGAAGACUAUGAAGAAAAAGUAUAUCAACAGCUUAAAAAUGGUAAGUUUACUGUUAAAUCGUCUGAUCUUAAGUUUAGAUGUCCUUUCUGCUUAAAUAAAAAGAAAAAAGACUAUGAAUACAGACAUCUAGUUCCACAUGCUAAAGGUGCUGGUAAAAAAGGAUCUUCACUUAAGAAAUAUCGAGAAAAGGCUAAACAUUUAGCUCUAGCUAGGUAUUUGGAGAAGGAUUGUGCACCAGUUAGCAGGGAUCCUAUGGAGGAGGAGGAUGAGAUAGAAGAGGGGCAAAUUGUGGAUGAUGAUGGUUCAUCUAAUGUGGUGGAGGACGAGAAAUUUUUGUACCCAUGGAAAGGUAUUCUUGUGAAUGUUGAGAGAGAGUUUAAAGAUGGACGGUAUAUUUCCCAAAGUGGGAACCGGAUUAAAGAGCAAUUGGCAAAGUUUGAUCCUGUAAAAGUACACAUUCUUUGGGAUGGUCGUGGGAGUACUGGUAAAGCGAUUGUCGAAUUUUCUAAAGAUUGGUCUGGUUUUCGUAAUGCAAUGUCAUUUGAGAGUGAGUUUAAUAGGACUGGCCGUGGGAAAGGGCAGUAUCGUUUCGAUAGAGGUGGGUCGGGAGGUAUGUAUGGAUGGGUUGUGAGGGAAGAUGAUUAUAAUAAAUCAGUUGGUGUUAUGAGGAAGUACUUGUCUAAAAAUGGAGAUUUGAAAACAAUUAAAGAUAUCGAAGAUGAAGAUGAAAGGCUAAAGAAGCAACUUGUUACAAAUUUAGUUCAAUUGGUUGAUGAGAAGAAUAAGGAUCUGGAAGAAGUUAAGCUUCAAUACUAUGAGACCAGCUACUCUUUCAAGAACUUGGCGGUUCAACAUGAUAUGCUAAAUAAAAAAUAUAAUGAAGAGACAUUAAAGAUGCAACAAGAUCAGAAGGAUCGUUUAGAGAAGAUGUCUAGUGAGCGUGAAGAACUCAAAUUGGAAAUGGAAUCUCAGAAGGAAGAGCUAAAGAUGCAGAGAGAAGAGUUGGAGAAAUUUAAGGCACAAAGCGAAAGUGAGAAAGAGAAACUUCUCGAAGAGAUACAAAAGAAUGCGAUGAAAAUUAGUAACCUUGAAAUGGCAGAAUUGGAGCAAAGCAAAUUAGACCAAAAUUUAUUGAGGAUUGUAGAAGAGCAAACGAGGAUGAAAGAGGCUCUCGCCAGAGAAAGAAUUGAAGAGGAUAAGAAUAUGGAUGCCAAAAAUAAACUGGAAUUAGAGGUUGAACAGUUGACAUGGAAAUUGAAAUCCUUGACAUCCAAGGCAGGUGACGAUGCAGACUUGGAGUUGAAGAAGAUGGCAGAAGAUUUGAAAGACAAGAAAGAAGAACUCGAAUACCUUGAAGACAUGAACCAGACUCUACUAGCCAAGUCUCUUGAAAGCAAUGAUGAGCUGCAGGAAGCUCGAAAAGAAUUAAUCAAGGAACUGAGAGACAUGGGUAAUAAUCGUGCGGUCAUCCGAGUUAAGAGAAUGGGGGAAAUCGAUGUUAAACCUUUCCUUGAAGCAUGCAAGAAGAAGUACAGUGCUGAUGAAGCAGACAUCAAGGCUUCUGUAAUUUGCAGUAAUUGGCAAGAGGCACUUAAAGACCCAAGUUGGUUUCCUUUUUGCAAUGUCAAGGUUGGGGAUGAUGUUUUUAAGACGGAAAUAGAUGAGAAGGAUGAAAAGCUGAGUCGUCUAAGGAAUGGCAUGGGUGAAGAGGUAUUCAAAGCUGUGGCAAAUGCAUUGUUGGAGUUGAAUGAAUACAAUGGGAGUGGGAGGUACAUAGUCCCAGAACUGUGGAAUUUCAAAGACGGGAGAAGGGCCACACUGAAGGAAGGAAUUCAGAGAUUAAGCAAAUCAAAGAAAAAGUAGUGAACUACUAUAAUUCAUCAAUUAAGAAAUUCCAAGGAUCGCUUCUCAGUGGAACCUCAGCUUGCUGGACUGCAAUAAUUAAAAAUAUGCGUCGAAUAUAGUUAUUGGAUUAGCCAUUGCAAUAAUACUCUGCAAGAACCAUGUUUUGAUCGAACCCUUGAAUUGUCAAAGAGUUUAUCUUAAUUUGAUUUUAU